AGGGGCAACUAGCCGUUAACUCGCCCACUUCUUGUCCGCCGGAUUCCUCUCGCCCUCGAAGCCGCCGAUCUCUUCUUCAACCACAAUCGUCCUUCAGCAACCAGCGAGAUGGGAUCGAGAACCGCCUCCAAGGACAUCAUCACUCUCCGCGGCUCCGCCGCCAUCGUCUGCGAGUUCUUCGGGUAUGCCGCUAAUAGCAUCCUCUACAACCGAGGAAUUUAUCCGGAAGAGAGCUUCGUCAAGGUGAAGAAGUACGGGCUGCCGAUGCUGCUCACGCAAGAUGAAGGCGUCAAAUCCUUCCUCGCAGGCUUAACAUCUCAAUUGACAGAAUGGAUGGAGGCCGGAAAGCUCCAACGGGUGGUACUCGUGAUCAUGAGCAGGACCACCAUGGAGGUACUGGAGAGAUGGAAUUUCAGCAUCCAGACCGAUGCUGAGGUUGUGGAGAAAGGGCUGAUCAAGGAGAAGAGCGAUAAAGAGAUUAUGAGGGAGAUCCAAGCAAUCAUGCGUCAGAUUGCAUCGUCGAUCACGUACCUGCCGUGCCUCGACGAACCUUGUGUUUUCGAUGUGUUGGCCUACACUGAUAUGGACGUGGCCAUUCCAUUCUCUUGGAUUGAGAGUGAUGCAAAGUUGAUCGAGAACCCGCAGAUGGUGAAGCUGCAUUCCUUUGAUACCAAGAUUCAUAAAGUCGACACGCUGGUUUCUUAUAAGAAUGAUGAGCAGGAUUAGCGGUAUUAUAUCGUGUUUGUGAAUGAUUCAUUCACUCUUAUGUGCGGGAGUGUCUGAUGGUUAUUGUUGUUGUAGCACAGCAUUGUCUUGCUCCAUGGUGCUUGUUGGCUGUGAGAUUUAUGCUUUAAUGGGGUUUCAAAUCUGGUCUGUCUGCUCUUUGGAUGAGAUUUGUUUGUGCUGAAAUGUGAUAAUAUUGUCUUCUGUCAGGA